AUGUCUUUCCCAAUCGACAGUACACAGAUUAAAGAAGACAUGAGAAAAGCCUACAACAGCAUGGCAACCACCUAUCUAACCUGGACGGAACCAACCCACAAAACCCGACUAGAAUACCUGCAGAAGCUCCUCAAAAAGAUGGACUCCUCUAUCCGUCCUGGAGAAUCCCAAAACAUCCUCGAAUUAGGCUGUGGCGCCGGAAUACCCUGCACCAAACUAUUAGCCAACCGCCCAAACACCAGAGUAACCGGCAACGACAUCUCCGACGUCCAAAUCGCCCUUGCAAAAGAAAGACUCGUCCCUUCGGAGAAUAAUCUCACCUUGGUGCAGGGUGACAUGAUGAACCUCGCGUUCCCACCAAAGUACUUCACUGCCGUACUCGCAAUGUACUCGAUAAUCCACCUGCCGCGGGCUGAGCAGUCCACUAUCCUUGGACGAAUCUACGACUGGCUGGAGCCUGGUGGUUUGUUCUUGGCGAAUUUUGGGACGGCGGAGAGUCGGGGCGCGUCGGAUGAGGGAUGGCUUGGUGGGAAGGAUGGGUCUGUUUAUUGGAGUAGUUGGGGGAAAGAGGAGUUGAGACGAAUUCUUGGGGAGGUUGGAUUUGUGAUUGAGGUUGACGAGGUUGUUGUUGAUACUGAGGAGUUUGGUGGGGUUACGAAGGGAGUUGAGUUUCAGUGGAUUCUGGCUAGGAAGGAGAAUGGUACUCAGGGUGCUCGAGAUGAAGUUGAGAAUUGA